AUGUCGAAGAAAAAUAACCGCACGGUAAUUAAAAAGCGGUACGAUGUCGUCAAGAAGCAGAUGGUCGACCAAGAGCGCAAACGCCAGGAGCGCAACAACCUCAAGAAGCUCUGCCGCGGCGUAAACUUGCAGGUAUAUUUUUUCUUAGUGCAUUACACCACCGUUCAGUUGAGCUCGUUCAGUCUCGGGCAGUCGAGCCAACAUACCUCCAGCGCUCCCUUAGAGGACGUCGUGAUGAAGGACACGAAACCCGGCGUCCGCGGCACCAACUUCUGCCGAGUGGUAUCUGGCGGCCAGAUGAUCACGGCGAGGCGCAAGAAGGUCCUCAAGCAGGCGCUGAAGCGCCAGCGCAAACUCAACGUCGCUUGA